AUGCCUCUUUGGCAGAUCUAUUCUCCCCCCGGGACAUUCACCCCGGAAGCGAAAUCCAGCUUCGCGACCGACAUCACACAGCGAUACACCGCCAUUGGCCUGCCCGCCUUUUACGUGGUCAUCCAAUUCCACGAACUCAACCCGGGGGAUGUCUUCGUGGGAGGUCGAGUGGCUACCAACGCCGAGCGGCCCUUUGUACGGGCGGUCGUCACGCAUAUCGCGGUAGUGCAGCUGGACAGCGACGCCGCGUAUCGUCGCACGACCAAUUGGCUUGACAAGGUCUUCAAGGAGCAUGUGCUGGAUAGAGGGUUUGAUCUGGAGUACCACGUGGAGGAGACGGAGCGGCGGCUGUGGAAGAUCAACGGGAUGAUUCCCCCUCCGUACCGGAGUGAAGAGGAGAAGAUGUGGGCGAGGGAGAACCGGGCGGUGGAGUAUGAGGGGGCGUUUGCCGAGGGGGGAGAGGGGAACGCGGGCGGGAAGGCAGCGCUUUAG